AAAUUUCAAAACAUUGAUUGUACAGCAAGUUUUCCCAAGUUGUUUGUCUCCGAGUCGCCGUAGACUCGCCCCAUCCCCAAUCGAAGGAAUCAAGAGAAAAUCCAUUGCCGAAUUACCCACAGCCAAUUCUCCCUAAGCAAACAGAGAAGAAUUUUCGUAGAUCAGCGAUGCAACAAGGAGAUUUCAGCUCCUAUUAUCAAUACCCUCACCUUUCAAACCCUAACCCUAACACGAAUCCGAGUCCAACCCCCACCGAAUUUCACCAACUACCCUACGCAUCGGCCCCGCCUGUUGCCUCCGGUUACGCCUCCUCCGAUUACUCCGCUUAUUCCCCAAAUUACCCUCCCUAUUCCCAAAAUCCUGAUCCCGUCCCUCCCACCGCUCCCUCUUACGCUCCUGCACCGGCACCGACGCUAACUUCGCAAUCGUCUUUCAAUCAGCAACCCAUCGCGCCAACGUCGGCAGCCGCUGCUCCUUCUUUCCAGUCUUAUGAUUCACAUGUUCCCUCUCAGCCACCGACUUCCCAGCCAACUUAUUACCAGCCUUAUGAUCAGCAUCAGACAACUUCUAGCUAUGGCCCUAUUCCGCCAAAACCUAAUCUCAACCCUAAUCCGCCUUACUAUUCAGCCCCAUAUAGCCAAAUAGGAUCAUCAGUAUCCACUGUCCCUCCUGCAUACGACAACCCCUAUGAUAAUUCGAUGAAAUUAGAUCACAGUGGGGGCAGUUAUUUCGACGAUAAAUUCGGAGCAGGCUAUAACCGGAGCAGAUCCGAUAUGGGAUCCGAUCUCUAUGGUAAGCGAUCAGAUAGCUAUUCACGGUUCGGUGAUGAUGGUGGAUACGGUGACGGGGUUUAUGCUUAUGAAGGAGGAAAGGUGGAGCCAUAUGGGGCACGUGGCACAGCUCCAAAAUCGUCGACUUGGGUUCAAUUCGAUGAUUAUGGGCGGUCUAUUAAUUUCCCUUCUGGUAAGGACUCGUCGGGUGGGUCAGGUUCAGCUUCAGCUUCUGCUUCUGCUUCUGUUAAGAUGGUGAAGGCGGUUCCAAAGGCAGAGACCCAGCAAGAUGUAAAGAGUGGGGUCCAGAAGUUUCGGGUUAAGUUGUUGUCUGAAGGUGGAGGACAUGGCCCUAUGGAUAUACUUUGCCAGAUUGGUUUAGAUGGUAUCCGAAUGCUUGACCCUGGUACCAGUCGAACGUUGAGAAUAUAUCCUCUAGAGAGCAUCACAAGAUGUGAAGUGAUGGACUCAUCUACAUUGGCAUUCUGGUCCAAGAGCUCUGUUGACAUUGAACCAAGACGGAUCAGGUUGCAAUCAAACAGUUACACGACAAACACCCUUCUGGAUAUUGUAACAGCUGCAACUGUACAGAUCAAGGAGAUGGGUGUGAGAAGUCGGCCCCCUGAAUCUCUAAAGACUAUUGAACAACCUGCAGAAAAGAAAAAAGGAUUUGCUGAUUGGAUGAACUUGAUAAAGCCUGGCAUUGAGGAGAAAGAUUAUUGGGUCCCUGAUGAAGCUGUUUCAAAGUGCACUGCAUGUGGAACUGAUUUUGGGGCUUUUGUGCGCAAGCACCACUGCAGGAACUGUGGGGACAUUUUCUGUGACAAGUGUACCCAUGGUAGAAUCGCUCUAAAUGCUGAUGAGAAUUCUCAACCAGUUAGGGUUUGUGACCGAUGCAUGGCUGAAGUGACUCAGAGGCUGAGUAAUGCUAAGGAAGCAGCAAGUAAACCUGCUGGAUUACAGAGUCAUGAGGAUCUUGCUAGGAAGCUUCAGGAGGAGAUGGAAAAAAAUCGCAGAGCAUCAUCAGGCUCCAAGUCCGAUGGAUCUGGUAGGCGGAUGAAGGAAGUUGAGUGUCCUACCUGCACCGUUCAUUUGCAGGUCCAAGUUCCCAGCUCGGGUUCUGAGACCAUUGAAUGUGGGGUUUGCCAGCAUCCUUUCCUUGUCAGUGCCCAUUGAUCUUUGGCCUUUAUCACCAACCAAGGCUCUUAAUUUUCUCAAUUAAUUUCUCGUUGAUUUCAUUCAUGCUUGAGGUUUUCAUUAUUAAUAAUAAUAUGGAUUAGUUUUGUGUAUUACCAUUUCUUUGUUCUAAAAGACUAAAACCUGGUUGACUUGUCAUCUUUUCAAUUUAUUUGAGUAUCUGAAGUUUGUGUGAA